GCGCAGAACGCGCAACAAGCGGGACCAGCGGAUGGAGAGAGAGAGAGAGAGAAGAGAAGAGAGAGGAUAGAGAGGAGGACGGAUGCAAGGCGAGGCCAGGAGUGAGGAAACCUUAUCUCUCCUGCUUUUCCAGCUGUUGUCUUUGUGCUCUCUCUCUCUCUCUUUUUUUUUGGUUUUUUGUUUUUAUAUCCAGGAUGAUUUUAUAAAGCAUUUUUGUUUUUCUUUUCUAACGAAAGAAAACAGACGUGACAAAUCUCAACAUCCGUCCUGAUGUGUCGCCGCGUUUCAUCACGAUUGGUCAAAGAUGCGGGAAGAGGCUCCCGUCGCGUCGAUGCUAUUUUCCAUUAAAAAUACAAAGACGUACUCGAUGAACGACGUCGGACACAUGACAGGCGACAACAGCCUGGCUCGGUGAAGAGAAGAAGAGGAGGACGAGAGAGGGGGGCUCGACAUCGACGGAUGGACGCAAAGCAACCGCGGGUUUGUGCAAUAAUUUGCGCCUAAUUAUUGUUCGUGGCGGCUGAUCGGGGAGCUGUUUUUGCCCCGUUCUCUCUGACAUCCGUCCGUCCUUCCGUCCAUCCAUCCCGGAGCUGUAAGGCCUACAAAGCCCCGCAUUAUCUCUGGACAUGAAACCCGUGGGAAUUAUGAUACCGACGUGACGCACAGUCACACACACACACACACACACACACGCACACACCACAGCGCGGCGGGGAAGACAUCGAGGGUGUGAGGUCCACACUGAUCACAGGAAGGGGAGGACGCCCAGUUGUUGUUUGACAAAUCGCGCUAAUGACUGUUGUUUAGAGCCAAGAGGAUUGGGCCCAACAAAUAUUUUUUAUUAUUUUUUUUAUUUUUAUUUUUUAUUUUUUUUAUUUUUAAUGCACUGGAGGCAGCGGAGCGGGAGGCGGGCAGGAGAGUACAGCGGGUGAGGGAGCGGAGGGACGGGAUGCGGGAGACGCAGUGAGCGCGGAGGAGGAGGAGAAGGAGGAGGAAGAAGCAGAAGAAGAGGGGAACCAGGAGGAUUGACGGGUCUCAAAUUGCAGCUGCUGGUGUGAAGUCCCAGCUCUUCCUGCUCAGCAUGGCCGUGUCUCUGUGGUGCAUGGCAGUGGGGGUUCUCACCCUGGCUCAAGUCGCCCCCUCUGGUCAAGCCAUGUCUCGGGCCGCCAUGCCGUUCGGGCUGCUGCGCAGGGAGUUGGCGUGCGAGGGCUACCCCAUAGAGCUGCGCUGCCCAGGAAGUGAUGUUGUGAUGGUGGAGACGGCCAAUUACGGACGCACCGACGACAAGAUCUGUGACGCCGACCCCUUCCAGAUGGAGAACACACAGUGUUACCUUCCUGAUGCCCUAAAGAUCAUGUCCCAGAGAUGUAACAACCGGACUCAGUGUGUGGUGGUCGCUGGGGUCGACGUCUUCCCAGACCCCUGCCCCGGAACGUACAAGUACCUGGAGAUCCAGUACGAGUGUGUCCCUUACAAAGUGGACCAAAAAGUUUUCGUGUGCCCCGGCUCGCUUCUCAGCAUCCAGCCAGACUCCUCGCUCCUGGAGGCGGAGCAUCAGUCCGGGGCCUGGUGCAAAGACCCCCUGCAGGCCGGAGACAGGCUGUACGUCAUGCCGUGGACGCCGUACAGAACCGAGGUCCUGUACGAGUACGCCUCGUGGGACGACCUCCGACAGAACAGAGUCACCACCACCUACAAGUUGCCGAGUCGUGUGGACGGCACGGGUUUUGUGGUGUACGACGGAGCUGUGUUUUACAACAAGGAGCGGACUCGCAAUCUGGUCAAAUACGACCUGCGCACUCGCAUCAAGAGCGGCGAGGCGGUGGUUGUCAACGCCAAUUACCACGACACCUCUCCUUACCGCUGGGGAGGAAAGUCGGACAUCGAUCUGGCGGUGGACGAGAACGGGCUCUGGGUCAUCUACUCCACAGAAGCCAAUAAUGGACGCAUCGUGGUCAGCCAGGUGAACCCGUACACGCUGCGCUUCGAGGGCACCUGGGCCACGGGCUUCGACAAGCGCGGCGCCAGCAACGCCUUCAUGGCCUGCGGCGUCCUCUACGCGGUGCGCUCCGUCUUCCAGGACGACGAGGGCCAGGCGGACAGCCGCGCCAACAGCAACAUGGUGGUGUACGCCUACGACACCAGCCGGGGUCAGGAGCUGCCCGUCCAGAUACCGUUCCCCAACCCGUACCAGUACAUCUCCUCCAUCGACUACAACCCCAGAGACAACCAGCUGUACGUGUGGAACAACUACUACAUGCUGCGCUACCCUCUGAGUUUCACACCGCCACCGCCAACUAAAGGUCCCCUGUCCUCUCUGAUGACCACUGUGCGCUCCUACACGGCGACAGUCGCUCUCACGCCGGUGCGCCCGUCGGCCUCGCACCCCAUCGGCGUCAUCAACAGGGGUCCGAUCACGGCCAUGGUCCCGCUGACCCCGCGGCCUCCGCUGCGGGUCCCCCUGGCCCCCGGCGGGCCCGGUCAGGUGGGCGGGUGCGAGGGCCGCGUUGCACGAGGAGUUCAGUGGCCUCCGACUCUGAAGGGAGAGACGGUGGAGCGGCCCUGUCCUAAGGGGUCUCUGGGAAUCGCCUCCUAUCAGUGCAUGUCGUCUCCGGUGGGCUGGAACUCCCGAGGGCCUGACCUUUCCAACUGCACCUCUCCCUGGGUCAGCCAAAUCGCUCAGAAGAUCAAGAGCGGCGAAAACGCGGCCAACAUCGCCGGGGAGCUGGUCAACCUGACCCGGGGCCGAAUCUAUGCCGGCGACAUCAGCAUGUCGGUCCGGCUAAUCGAGCAGCUCUUGGACAUCCUGGACUCUCAGCUGCAGGCCCUGCGACCAGCCAACAAAGAGUCAGCCGCACGCAAUUACAACAAGCUGCAGAAGAGAGAGCGAACGUGCAAAGCGUAUGUUCAGGCUGUGGUUCAGAUAGCCGACAACCUGCUGGGUCCUGAAGCCCUGGUGUCCUGGGCAGACAUGAGCAGCCUUGACCAGUCCCGCUCGGCAUCGCUGCUUCUGGACGCCGUCGAGAAGGGAGCGUUUCUGCUGGCGAACAAUCUCUACGAGGGCCGUUUCAGUGACAGAGCGCCUAAUGUCGAUCUGGAAGUAUAUGUACUAAAUACAGAGGCUGACAUACAGGACCUGACAUUUCCACACUCGUAUGACAGCGACAGCAUCCUGCAGAUCUCGGCGCAGGCUCUGCAGCAGUACAGCAACAACGGUCAGGUGAAGUUGGUCCUUUCCCUCUUCAAGAACCUGGGCCCCUUCCUCACCACCCAGAACUCAACUUUACGUCUGGGACUGGGACUUUCCCAGGGCCAGGAGCCCCGGCGCAGGAGCCUGGUGGUCAACUCCCACGUCAUCUCUGCCUCGGUGCACAGAGGCACCAACCGGGUGUACCUCACGGCGCCCGUGAUCUUCACUCUCAGACAUCUCCAGCUGGAAAAUCACUUUGGUCCCAACUGUUCUUUCUGGAACGCUUCGGGGGUUUCUGGGAGCGGCAGGUGGUCCACGCAGGGCUGCCGCCUGCUGCACACAAACAACACGCACACGACUUGUGCGUGCAACCAUCUGUCCAGCUACGCGGUCCUCAUGACUUACCAGCAACCAGUCUUCGGCGCCGGUGUGGAGGAGCUUCUGGUCUACGUGGUUUCCUGGGUCGGCAUCGCCGUCGCUCUUGUGUGUUUGGCUACCUGCCUUAUCACCCUCUGCUGCCAGGGGGCGCCGUGGCACACUGACCACAGCACCAUCCACUGCAACCUGUGGGCCAACCUGCUCAUCACGGAGCUCAUCUUCCUUAUCGGCGCCAACAAGACCAAGUACACGGUCCUCUGCUCCAUCACCGCCGGCCUGCUGCACUUUUCGCUGCUGUCUGUGUUCUGCUGGUUGUGCCUGGAGGCAGUGGAGCUGUACCUUCUGCAGAGGGAGGUGUUCGAGGGACGCAACUCCAGGAGGAAGUACUUUUACCUCUGCGGCUACUCCGUGCCCGGGCUGGUGGUGGCCGUGUCGGCGGCCAUCGACUUUAGAGGAUACGGUUCAAAAACGGCGUGCUGGCUGCGCACAGAUAACUACUUCAUCUGGAGUUUCCUCGGACCUGUAGCCGUCAUCAUCACGUUGAACCUGGUCGUCUUGGUGAUGACCUUACACAAGAUGCACAGCACCGCUGCACUCAAGCCCGACUCCAGUCGCCACGACAACCUCCGGGCCUGGGCCGUGGGCUCCCUGACUCUCCUCUUCCUGCUGAGCGUCACCUGGUCCUCGGGCUUGAUGUUCCUGUCGGGUCCGUCUCUCCUGCUGGCUUACCUCUUCACCUCCCUCAACACGGCCCAGGCCCUCCUCAUCACCAUCCUCCACUGCACGCUCGCCAGAAAGGGUCAGAAGGACUACGGCCGAUGCCUGCGUCUCUCCCAGUGCUGCGCCACGUCCUCCUCCAGCUCUCCGGACUCGGUGAAAGGCGCGGCGCUUCGCUCCAACAGCCGCUACACCAGCAGCCAGAGCCGGAGAGCUACGGCGAACAGACAGAGCCGCAUCAGGAGGAUGUGGAACGACACGGUUCGCAGGCAGACUGAGUCCUCCUUCAUCGCCGCAGAUGUUAACAAUACUCCGACUCUUAACAGAGCUGCUCUGGGAAACCAUUUCCUGACAAACCAAAUGCUGCAGACUCAUGCUGGAGCUUCUCCCUACGACACGAUGCUGGCGCAGGGAUACAAUCAGCCCUUCACCUCCACUGUAGGAACCUUCAGAAACAAACAGAAGGGUGGAGUGUCGCAGAGCCAGGAAUCCUGCGCAUUGGACAGUGUUUGUCUCAAUGGAGGCUACACCCCCAACACCUUCACCCUUCACGGUCUGGGUACAACGCCCGGGUCCCGAGCAGGAGUAGUGGGCAGCGCUGACCUCCUCAGGGAGGGGGGCGUUGGGCUUGGAGGUGAUGACAUCUCACCGGGGCUCCUCACACCGCACAGCUCGACAGACCUCAACAGCGGAGCCGGAAUGCGUCGUAACCUGUCCGACGCGGCGGCUCUGGAGAAGAUGAUCAUCUCGGAGCUGGUCCAGAGCAACCUGCGGCCCUCCGUCCCCAUGCCCGUUCCGCCCGAGCGCUAUGGGAGCCUGGCGAGGCCACAUCACCAUGAGAGGCCAGCUCUUACUCACACCGCUACGUUGACCCGCCACCCGCAGCCCUCGCAAGAGGGCUGGUCUGCCACGGUGCAGCCGAGCUCCCGGCAGAACGCCCAAGAGGGCUGGGCGCAUGCAAGGCCGCCCACACAGGACACCGAGGCAAACGCCGCCACACGGGGCCAAGAGCACGGCACCACGCCUCGCUUGCAAGACGGCUGGUCACACGGACGCAUUUCUGGAGAUUCCGACACCCAGGAGUUACUCAAAGACGGAGACCGCUCACAGCUGCAAGGUACUCUGGGCAGGCGUGGACACCAGGAAAGGCAGCCGGCUCGACCACCGGACGUCCAAGCUCGGCCUUACGCCACCCUAAGCCGCACCCCGGGUACCUUGUCCCGCCACCGCAGCACGGUGGAGUCUACUGGAGGGACAGAACGAGACAGGGAGAGGGACAGAGAGCGAGACAGGGAUCGCUACCGAGACAGACCUCUCCCUCCGCCUCCUCCCCCACCGCCACAGGAGCCAGAGUCGCUGUACAAGGCUCUGGAAGAGCCACUGCUUAUGAAGCAGAGAGAAGCGGUUGUAGAGGCAUGGAGAGGUGGCCAGGACAGGGAAAAGGAGGAGACAUUUCUGCUGAAAAGAGACGGAAUGUCUGACGACUGGAGAGGAGGAACUGAAAGGGGACGAGACGAGUCUUUCACCUCUCAUAAGCGAGACGGCGCGAUGGAUGAGUGGAGGUCCGGCAUUGAGAGAGGCAGGGAGGAAUCUAAAAUGCUCGAGAAGAGAGAUGGACGACUCGAGCUGUGGCGAGCAGGGGAGACGGAGCAGGGAGAGACUUUUAUCACUCAGAAGAAAGACUUUGGGAUGGACGGUUGGAGAAGUGAGGUAGAAAGAGGGUCGGACGAAUCCUUUUUCCUGAAGGACAGAGAUGGGUGGAGGGCAGGGAUCGAACGAGAGAGCGAGAAACAGAAGGACAGAGCGCUGGAUGUUUGGAGAGGCGGGAUAGAUUUGGACAGGGAAGAGUCUUUCUCAUUCGAAAACAAAGAUGGAGGCCUAGACGGGAGGAUCAGGGGGAAAGACAGAGGGUCUCUGCGGUAUCAAGGCGAGCGUCAGGAUUCAGACAGCUUCACCCUACCUUUAACGCCCGAUCUCGACUUGGACCCAGACUCCUCGCCCAUCUACACACGGGAUUCAAACCCUUCCCCUCUGUACCCCGGAGACCGCUGCUCACCGCCGCUGAACAUCUUCUCCCGAAACUCUCCGCCGACAAACAUCUUCGCGCCACAAGAAGACAACUCGCCGCCGGGUAAACUCUACUCCCGCCACUCUCCGCAGGUGUACAGCCGCAGUGGCUCCCCUCCCCGCUUUUACACUCGCACCUCUCCGCCGACUCACAUGUACCCAGACAGCAGCCCCGAAGGCCCAGAAGAAGUCAGCCCUACCAGCGGGCAUCAGCCCCAGCGGCCCACUCUGGAGCUGCCCUACAGCCUGGGGCGCCCGCCGUUAGGCCCACGUCCCAAUCACUUGCAGACCUUCUACCAGCCCCCGCCGCUAGCUUCAAACGGAGAGACAGGGUACGCGGCAGAGCCCACUUCUGAGGGAGACGACGGACAGAUGCAGCGGGUGACGAGCCUGUGACUAGGGCGGUGGUGAUUGGGGUAUAGAUACCAGGGAGGAGGAGGAAGAGGAGGAGGAUGGUGACAAUUUCAACAAAGUGAAGAACAAAAAGAUGGAAACCAAGAUUAUGCUUUAGAAUAAUAAUGUUGGACUUCUCUAACAAUUCUGGCAUUUUACAUGAUGGCUCCUCCCUGCUUCUACACCCCGAUCACCACGAGACUUCCCCACUUUUUCCGUGUUUUGUUACUUUUGUAUGACUGUGAUCCAUUUAUAGCUGCUUCUCCUCCUGCUGCUCCCCUCUUCUGUCUUUCCCGAAACUCCCUUGUGUCUUCCCAUAUCAUUGGUGCU